ACCUUGGGAGGGGAAAAUAGAAUAAAAUAGACCAACGUCUCCUCAACUCAUACUGUUGCAGACAUUAAGUUACCUGUCACUGGUUUGUUUGCUUUUGAAGAUAUUUUCUUCUUGUUUCAUAUAGAAUUAAAUAGCCGUCUGUUUGCUUUAAGCUUGUGAGAAGGAACAAAACAUACUUCGAAAGAUGCACAAACUGGAUGGUCCGGUUGAUUUGAAAGAAGCUGCUAUUUUAGCGGGGCGAAGAGACUUGGAAUUGCAGCGGCAGAACAGAAUUUUUAAUACCAGGCUCAGAACAAUUGGGAUUGAUAAACAGGCAUUGGAUGGCCAAAUCAAUGAUAGAAAAAUUCAGGAAGAGACAGACACUAGAAAACAUUUAGCCUAUGCUAAUGAUUUGAUUCGCCAGGACCAAACAAUGUGCCUCCUGGAUGAACGGCACAAACGUGAUGUGAAGAACUUAAACAAGGCUAUUGUUGAAUUUCAUAUAUGCCACCAGAAACAUGAAACACGUCGUGAGUUUGAUCUGAAUGAUCCACAGGCCUUAAAAAAGGAUGUACCUGCCCGAAUUUCAGACACUGACCCUCGCUGCACUGUAUCCAGUACACAAAAGCUUCCAGGGGAAGACUUACAGCAAAAAGAACGGAUUAGACGUCAACAGGAACAAAUCAGGGAGUGGCUACUUGCACAACAGAAAGACUUAAAGAAUGCUUUGGAAGACCAGAAGUUUGCAAAUAGAUUGUAUGAUAAGUAUAAGAUAGCUCAGGAUCAGAGAGCUUGUGAACUGCAACAAAUGGAAGAAGACAUGAGGAGAGCUGUUACUGUGGCAACUAAAGAUUUUAAUCGGGCACAGGCAACUGAAUCAGCUACAAAACGUAAGCUUGAAAAACUCCAAGAGCAAGAAGAUAAUUCAAUUGAAAUUGAAAACCAGCUUCACAAUGACUUCCUAACAGAAAACCCAAGUCAGGCAUUAAGUGCUUUUGGACCAAAUAGAGUCAUUGUGCAUCGCUGGAAAGGAAUGACCCCAGAUCAAGCGGAUGAUGUCACUCGUAAACAGAAGCAACAAGUCCAGGAGAAAAAGAGACUAGAGGAGGAAGAGCAUCAACGCAAUUCAGAAUGGGAAAGGUUGCGAGCCAAUGAUGCUCGAGCAGCUGUGCUUCUUGAACGACAGCAGCAGCGAGUAAAUCGGCAACUUCGGAAGGAAAUGGACUGCCAAAACAUGCUGUUGUGUAGGGAUCAUAAAGCACGGGAGAGAUUUCUGAAAAAUGAAGUCUACGUGAAUGUUCCAACUGACAAAUAUUUUGAUCAAUUCAACACAACCAGCCGUUGAAAUGGAAUACAAGGUUAUCUUUUACCACAUCGCAAUAUGUUUAAAGGGUAUAUUUAGUUGUUUUUCCUCAUUAAGAAUUAUGAUUUCCUGUUGCAAAAAAACACCAUAAGAAAACUCACUUGAUUUUCUACAAUAAUAUCAUAUAUUAAAUUUAUUAUCACGUUGGAUUUGAAAUUAUUUUACAAUUAAUCAGUCGUUUGUCAUUUUAAACCAAGGCAGCAAAAGGUUUUUGAAAGGAAGUUGUACUUUUUUCUUUUACUUUAUUGUCCAUAAUAAAUGUUUGAAAAUAAACUUCUAAUGCUGCAAAAUAAAAA